UAUAUAAAUACGUAGAAAACUAUGUGUAGACUGACUAAAUAUACAUUGAAUUGAUUGUUUCAUAUAAUUUUUAUCCAGUUCUAUUCUAUUCUGAUUCUCCUAUUCAAUGAUGAUACACAGAUCUACUGAUAUGGAAUUAUCUUUUACUAAUCAAUCAACCCAAGUAUCUGAAAUAUUACCAAGUUGUUUAGUUGACGCUGAAUCGUACACUACACAUCAAACAAGCGAAACAGUUAAUGAGAUAUGGAAUCAAUUGGAAACUUACAAAAACACUGCAUUUAUUGAUUUAGACGAAAUUCACUUAACCGAUAAUCAUUCAUUAGAUAAUAUUAUUAAAGAAUCAUUUACAUGUUCCAUAUGUCAUGGUCUAUUAGUUCGAGCACGUCUUUUAUCAUGUGGUCAUCAAUUUUGUCGUGAAUGUUUAUAUUAUUGGUUUAAAGUACGUUAUGCAUGUCCAUUGUGUAGAACACGUGUACAUACUAAUGUUUCAGCUAUACAUGUUGAUAAUUUUUUGGAUGAUCUCAUUGAACAUGGAUCGAAUGAAGCAUUGAAAUGUCAACGUAAACAACGUAAAACUGAACAAACAAGUGCACUUAUAGAUUGUAAAUAUGAAACAAGAAAUUCUAGUUGUGUACUACGUACUGUUACUGAAAGUUAUGUUCAAACUACAGCUUAUGUUGAUAGUACACAAUCUAACGUACUGACUAAUUCGUCCUAAUCAAAUGAACCAACUUCAUAUUGAAAUAUGAACUAAUCACAUUGAACAAUGAGCAAUAAUCAUUAACAAUUUUACAUAUUCUCUUUUAUUGUUUACAUCAUUUGUGCAUAACGAAUAAAUAAUCUCUUAUAUAUUAUAA